UCAGCACUUUUCUUUCAUUAGGGGCAAGGCGUGAGGAAAGUACCAAACAGCAGCGGAGUUUUAAACUUUAAAUAGACAGGUCUGAGCGCCUGAACUUGCCUUUUCGUUCUGCUUCAUCCUCCAAGGAGUUCAGUCACUUGGCGUGCCUACUUCUUUUAAGCGAAAGAGUGGUGCCCAGGCAACAUGGGUGACUGGAGUGCCUUAGGCAAACUCCUUGACAAGGUUCAAGCCUACUCCACUGCUGGAGGGAAGGUGUGGCUGUCAGUCCUUUUCAUUUUCCGAAUCCUGCUACUGGGGACAGCGGUGGAGUCAGCCUGGGGUGAUGAGCAGUCUGCCUUUCGUUGUAACACUCAACAACCUGGUUGCGAAAACGUCUGCUAUGACAAGUCUUUCCCCAUCUCUCACGUGCGCUUCUGGGUCCUGCAGAUCAUAUUUGUGUCUGUACCCACACUCUUGUACCUAGCCCAUGUGUUCUAUGUGAUGCGAAAGGAAGAGAAAUUGAACAAGAAAGAGGAGGAACUCAAAGUUGCCCAAACUGAUGGUGUCAAUGUGGAGGUGCACUUGAAGCAGAUUGAAAUAAAGAAGUUCAAGUACGGUAUUGAAGAGCACGGUAAGGUGAAAAUGCGAGGGGGCUUGCUGCGAACCUACAUCAUCAGUAUCCUCUUUAAGUCUGUCUUCGAGGUGGCCUUCUUGCUGAUCCAGUGGUACAUCUAUGGAUUCAGCUUGAGUGCCGUUUACACUUGCAAAAGAGAUCCCUGCCCACAUCAGGUGGACUGCUUCCUCUCUCGCCCCACUGAGAAAACCAUCUUCAUCAUCUUCAUGUUGGUGGUGUCCUUGGUGUCUCUCGCCUUGAACAUCAUCGAACUCUUCUAUGUCUUCUUCAAGGGUGUUAAAGAUCGUGUAAAGGGAAAGAGUGAUCCUUACCACGCUGCAGCCGGCCCACUGAGCCCCUCCAAAGACUGUGGAUCUCCAAAAUAUGCUUAUUUCAAUGGCUGCUCCUCCCCAACAGCUCCCCUCUCACCCAUGUCUCCUCCUGGCUACAAGCUGGUUACUGGCGACAGAAACAAUUCUUCUUGCCGCAAUUACAACAAGCAAGCAAGUGAGCAAAACUGGGCUAAUUACAGUGCAGAACAAAAUCGAAUGGGGCAGGCUGGCAGCACCAUCUCCAACUCACAUGCCCAGCCUUUUGAUUUCCCUGAUGAUAACCAGAAUUCUAAAAAACUGGCUGCUGGACACGAACUACAGCCACUAGCCAUUGUGGACCAGCGACCUUCAAGCAGAGCCAGCAGUCACGCCAGCAGCAGACCUCGGCCUGAUGAUCUGGAGAUCUAGAUACAGGUUCGAGAGCAUGGAGAUUCCACUUAAUGGUGGAAAAGAAAAAAGGUGCUGUAGAAAGUGCACCUUAGGUGUUAAUUUUGUUCCAGUGGAGGUGGUACUCAACAGCCUUAGUCACAAGGUUUAGGAAACACAAAGACAUUAGAAUACCUAGGUUCAU